AGUCACACCCAUAGUGAGAGUGCAGUGUUUAGGGCGGAUUUUCCUCGUGGGUUCAGUCAGAACCAGAACCUCCACCCGCGGCUCUCAUCCAAACUACAGCCGACCUACAGCCUCCAUCUCCGGCCAGCCGCCAUGUCCCAUACCGUGGUCACCACCCGGACCACCACCACCACCAGCAGCUCCUCCGCCGACGGAGGCUUCCUCAACCUCGGCUACAUCAGGACUUUCCCCGGGCUGCUGAAACUCGCGCAAGUGGUAACUCUUCUGAUUGCGUUCCUGUGUAUUCACUGUGCUCCUGGAUGGACGGAUCUUUCAGCUUUCCGGUACUUUGAGGUCGUCACAGUGUGGUUCCUCAUCGCCUUCCUCAUCUUCCUCCUCAUGUACAUCCUCAGACUACAGUCCAAAAUCCCCUGCAUUAACUGGACCCUGACCGAGUUUCUGCACUAUGCUGUGGGCACCAUCCUGGUCUUCAUUGCUUCUAUAGUAGCUGCAGUGAAAAGUGGUGGCCACUCUGCGCUCGUAGCUGGAUCUGUUUUUGGUUUUAUUGCGACGUUUCUUCUGGCGAUCAGCUUAUGGACAUCAUACAAGGUCACGUGUGGCUCUCAGCCAACCAGUGCAGCUGUGUAACAGGAUGUGAUGGGGUGAGCAGGAAUGUUCCGGUAGCUGUUCAAGCGCCUCAAAAGUAUUCAACCCCCUCCUGCAGUUCUGCAGUACGAGAGAUUUUAUGUGACGAUACUCCUUAAAGCUGCAGUCUGGCCUUAAUGGAACUGCACAGCUAAGUAGCACUUCAAUACACAGCUCUGGAAAAAAAAUAAGAGAGAACUUAAAAAUGAUGAGUUUCUUUGAUUUUACCAAAUUGAAAACUUCUAGAAUAUAAUCAAGAGGAAGAUGGAUGAUCACAAACCAUCAAACCACCAAACUGAACUGCUUGAAUUUUUGCACCAGGAGUAAAGCAGCAUAAAGUUAUCCAAAAGCAGUGUGUAAGACUGGUGGAGGAGAACAUGAUGCCGAGAUGCAUAAAAAAUCAGCAAAUAUUGAUUUCGGAACUCUUAAAACUGAAAUGUCUCCUCCUUUUUUCCCAGAGCUGUAUAAAUAUUGUAGUUUUAUAAAAUAGCAGCACAAAUAUUACAUACACAGGUAGUCUGAGACACACUUCAAACAGAUUCAAAUCUGAUUGAUCCCUCAGAUCACUUCAAAAGCUGGUCUGAAACACAUGGUCUCAAAACACUUUAGAGGUGGUCCUUCAAAAGGUGGUCUGAGACUCAUUUACUGUAAAAACAAAUCCAAUACCUCAGAAAACUUCAGAAGAUGGUCUGAGACGCACUUAAAACAGACAUGAAUUGGAUAGCUCACUCAAACUGUUCACUUCAGAAGGUGGACUGAGACGCACUUAAAACAGAUUCAAAUCAGCUUAAUUCCUCAAACCACUUCAGGAGGUGGUCUGAAAUGCAUUUAAAACAGACCCAAAUAGGAUUGAUUACUUAAAAAACUUUAGAAGGUGGUCUGAGACGCAUUUAAAUCAGAAACAAAUCAGAUCACUCACUCAAACCAAUUCAGGAGGAGGUCAGAGACACACUUCAAACAGAUACAAAUCUGAAAACUCAAACUGUUUACUUCAGGAGUUUGUCUGAGACGCAUUUAAAACAGACACAACUUGGAUUAAUCUGUAAAAUCACUUUAGAAGGUGGUCUGAGACACAUUUAAAACAGAUACAAAUCAGAUCAAUUACUCAAACCCCUUCAGGAGAUGGUCUGAGACGCAGUUUAAACAGACCAGAAUUCGAUUGAUCACUCAAACCACUUCAGAAGGUGAUCUGAGACCCAUUUACUGUAAAACAGAGACAAAUCCAAUACUUUAAACCACUUCAGGAGAUGGUCUGAGACACACUUAAAACAGAUACAAUCCGAUCAAUCAUUCGAACCACAAUUGAGGAGGUGGUCUGAGACACAUUUACUGUAAAACAGAUACAAAUCCAAUACUUUAAACCACUUCAGGAGAUGGUCUGAGACACACUUAAAACAGAUACAAUCCGAUCAAUCAUUCGAACCACAGUUGAGGAGGUGGUCUGAGACACAUUUACUGUAAAACAGAUACAAACCCGAUCCCUCAAAACACUUCAGAAGAUGCUCUGAGACACACUUAAAACAUUGAUCAUUCAAACUCUGCACUUUAGGUGGUCUGAGACGAACUUGAGCUACAUAUUAAUGCAGUAGCAGCGCAUCCAUCUCCAUAACAUGCAUUCAACGACCAAAACUUACGGAUUUAAUCCAGAUAUUACAAGCAGAAAGUGAACCGGUUUAAAAGGGCAUGAACAUUGCAGUUAGCAUCAUGCUAACUCGUGUUGGUGAACAUAUAGCUUCCGGUACUGUAUAGCUAUAUUAGCUUUGUAGCUCCAGUGGAAAACUACAGGUUUUAAGGUUAAACUGCUGCUUUAAGGAGGAGAGUUUGGGAUUUGAUUUUAUGCUGCGGUUUGAAGGAGGGUCUUUGCUGAAGAUGAAGAUGAAGAUGGAGGAGGAGGAGCUCCAGCUUUAGUUUAAAUAUUGUUUUAUGAAGAAGAAGAAGAAGAAGAAGCUGGAGGGUCAUUUAUUUACUGUUUACACUUAUUUAUUGUAGAGAAUCUGAGUUAAAUUCACACAGUCUGUGCUUUUACAGUAACUCUGAGCAGUUCAGUAUUAUAAUUUUUCUACACGAUGUCUCUCUGCUCUUAAUUAUUGACUGAAAAUAUAAAAUUUCCACAGUUCCAGUC